AUGGCAAAUGCAUCCAAUUCUUCCAACAUUUUACCUCCCAUCUCCAUGUUCACCUCUAGAUCAAGCAAUAGCCCGCAGACAUUCAUGCCCGCAUCGCCACCGUCAUCUGGUUAUGAUAAGCAAUUGAACCCUCUGCCAAUCCUGCCCAAACAGCCUCUUCCUCCUUCUUCUUCUUCUUCUUCUCAUUAUAAUCAUCAUCAUACAGACAGACAGACAGAGCUUCUGUCUCCUCCUCUGUCUUCUACGUCCACCUCUACUUACUAUCAAAAACAACCCUCUACCACUGCUUCAUCCACCUCAUCUACAUCUUCCUAUACCCCAACUACACCAGAUCAAAAUACAUUAUGGGCACUAUUCAGUCAAUUUCAGCAACAACAACAGCAGCAACAGCAACAGGAACAACAGCAAAAGACGGAUGCUUACAGAUAUGCGUCCAAAGAAGCCGAGCCUAAUCGCAGAGCAUCGGACCCAGCCUCACUCAACAACACACCUAUUGCGACAUCAUCGGAUCGAGUGUUAACAUCUGAAGAGGUGCUCGCUGAAAAAAGGAGAAGAAAUGCAGGAGCUAGCGCAAGAUUCCGCGAUCGUCGUAAGCAGCGUGAACGAGAACUUCAAGAUAAAUGCCAUGAACUGGAACAGCGUUCAAAGGAAUUUGAGAAUGCAUUAAGACGCAUUGAUCCAGACCAUCCAUUAUUAUUAGCAAAGCAACUACAACCUUCUUCUUCUCAUUCAGCAGCAGCAGCUACAGCAGCAUCGCCUUCAUCCGAGUACAAUCAUCGUCGAUCGGUGACAUCGUCCUCACCUCCUCCUCCUCAUUCUCAAUCCUCAGCUUCCCAUAGCUAUGCAUCAGAUCAAAGCACCUUGUUUGAUCGUGUCAGCCAACUGGAGCAUUUGAUGACUCGAUUCAAAGAAGAGAAGGAAACCGAUGUACAAAAGCUGGAUGAAUUAGAGAAAGAGAACAAGUACCUUCGAUCUCUACUGGUGCCAGUGAGUCUACCCUCUGCUGUAGCAUCAUCAUCAAGAAGAGACAGCGCCAGUGAUAGCGACAGUUCGGCCGUUAGUCAUACUUCCGCCAAUGGCUCUACUAAACGUAAACAGCAUUCCUAUCAGGAUCAAGAGCAUAAACGACUUCAUUUAUCUUUCCCAUCUUCGCAUCAACAUCAUUCCGAUGAUAAAUAA